AUGAGCAAUUCUGAGAGCCACGCUGGGGAGAACCAGACCGUCUCCGGUGUGUUCAUCCUGGUGGGGUUUUCCUACCUUGGCGAGCUGCAAAUCCUUCUGUAUCUGGUGUUUCUUCCUUCCUACCUGUUUGCGCUGAUGGGGAACCUGAUCAUUACCCUCCUGAUAAAGCUCAACCCCUCCCUCCACACCCCCAUGUAUUUCUUCCUGGUGAACCUGUCUGUCUCAGGAAUCUGCUUCAUCACCAGUGUGAUCCCUCAGCUGCUGGUUCACCUCUUGGUGGAGGAGGCCCAGUUUUUCGUCCUCAACCUCGCAGGCCUCACAGGCUGUUGUCUCCUAGCGGUCAUGGCCUAUGACCGCUACGUGGCCAUCUGCCGCCCCUUGCACUACGCCACCAUCCUGAGCGGCCAGGUGUGUGCGUGGCUCGCGGGUGCUUCCUGGCUCAUCGGUAUCUUAUCUGCAGGAGCUCAGACCACACAGCUCUUCAGCCUGCCCUUUUGUGGAUCCCACCGCAUCCACCAUUAUUUCUGCACUGCCCAAGGGUUACAUAAGAUGCUUUGCUCCAACCCAUGGAAGAACAUGAUCUUUUCCUUCGUCGUGCUGGUGCUAUUUGUGAUGGGUCCUUUUUUACUGAUACUCCUGUCCUACGUCUGCAUCAUCUCCACCAUCCUCAAGCUGUCAACCGUGGAGGGCAGACGCAAAGCCUUCUCCACCUGCUCCUCCCACCUCACGGUGGUGGCUUUGCUCUAUGGAUCAGCCUUCGUGAGUCACCUGAAACCAGCGUCAAGUUCUAACCCAGAGCAUGAUCAAUUGUCUUUCCUCGUAUACACAGUUGUGACCCCUGUGUUGAACCCCAUCAUUUACACCCUGCGGAACAAAGAGGUGAAGGCAGCCUUUAGAAACACAGUAGGAAAGGCGAAAUUUCCACGCAGCUGGAGAUAUUAG